GAGUUCAGACUGUAAUGUAACAAUUUUUAUUGGUUUAAAAUUAAUCGUUUUUUUUUUUUGACAUAUUCGAACAUAAAUAUUAUAAAAAUAUCUUGAUAACUUUUUUCUCCUUAAACUUUCUUUUUUUUUCGCUUUUUAAAUUUAAAUCUACAUUUCAUAUAUAUUUUGAUCUUUCUUAUUUACUGCAUCCUUUUUUGGCUAAAUAAAUAAUAUAGUAUAAUAAAUACAUACAAAAAAUGGAUAAUAAUCCUCUUUCUUCUCUUUCAAGUUCUCAUUCAAGAAAUGAUUCAUUAUCUCAAAGUGAAUUAUUAGAUGGAUUUUUAUUAGUUAGACCCGUUUGGGUUGAUGAUGAAACUGUUAAAAAUUGUAAAGGUUGUGAAAUUGGGUUUACUGCUAUUAGAAGGAAGGUCGGUUAAACAAAAAAUUUUAGAGUGGAUUUAUCAUGUUUAUUUAAUGAAU